AAAAAAUGUGGAAGAUUUCACUGGACCCAGAGAAAGAAGUGAUCUGGGCUUCGUCACAUUUGACAUUACUGCAGAUCUGCAGAGUAUAUUUGACUGGAAUGUUAAACAAUUGUUUCUAUAUUUGUCUGCAGAAUAUUCAACAAAAAACAAUGCUCUAAACCAAGUGGUCCUUUGGGACAAGAUCAUGUUGAGAGGAGAUAACCCUAGGCUGUUUUUAAAAGACAUGAAGACAAAAUACUUUUUCUUUGAUGAUGGAAAUGGUCUCAAGGGGAACAGAAACAUCACUUUAACUCUCUCCUGGAAUGUUGUGCCAAAUGCUGGCAUUCUACCUCUUGUAACAGGAUCAGGACAUGUAUCUGUACCCUUCCCAGAUACCUAUGAAACAACAAAAAGUUAUUAA